GCCGGAGCCGAGGAGGUGGCGCGCGCAGCCGGGUCCCCGGCCCCGCUGCCGCCCGCGCCGAGACCCAGCGAGGGGCGGCGCAGCCCGGGCGCUCCCGGCGUCCGGCCACCCCCGCGCCCGAGCCGGCCCCCCACGCCCCUCUCCCUCUCCCUCACCCCUUCUGUUCCCCACCCGAAGCCGCACGCUCCUCUCCCCAAACCCCUCUCCACGACUCCGCGCGUGCCUCCCGGUGCCCUCUCCCCGCGCCCCUCCGCCUCUCUCCGCUGCACCCCAGCUCCCUGGGCACCUCGCCCCUCUCCGCUGCCCCCGCCCCGGCCUCCUCGUCGCGUCACCUGCACCCCCUCCUCUACCCGCGGCCCCCGCUCCCUCCGCCCCCCUUCCCUCUCUCACUUCCCACGCCCCCUCUUCGCGCUCCUCUCUCCUCCCUUUGCCGCCCAGCGCCGGCUCCGGAGUUGGGGGAGAGCCCAGGGUUUCAGUCGCUUUGGAGGAGGCGUGAAUCGCGCAGAGAUUGACUAAUUUGGGGUGGGGGGCGCGGUAGGCGAUGGAGCAGCCUGAGGACAUGGCGUCGCUGAGCGAGUUCGACUCCUUGGCGGGCAGCAUCCCGGCCACCAAGGUGGAGAUCACCGUGUCCUGCAGGAACCUUUUGGACAAAGACAUGUUUUCCAAGUCCGACCCACUAUGUGUCAUGUAUACUCAAGGGAUGGAGAACAAGCAGUGGCGGGAGUUCGGACGCACUGAAGUCAUUGACAACACACUCAAUCCUGACUUUGUGCGCAAAUUCAUCGUGGAUUACUUCUUUGAGGAGAAGCAGAACCUCCGUUUUGACUUAUACGACGUCGACUCGAAGAGCCCUGAUUUAUCCAAACACGAUUUUCUGGGCCAAGCCUUCUGCACCCUCGGAGAGAUUGUGGGGUCCCCUGGGAGCCGCCUGGAGAAGCCCCUCACGAUAGGAGCAUUCAGCCUGAAUUCCAGGACAGGCAAACCCAUGCCAGCUGUGUCCAAUGGAAGUGGUCUUUGGAUGGAAAGUUUGAGAACCACUGGUCUGGAAGCCUCCGGUGGUGUCCCAGGGAAGAAAUGUGGCACCAUCAUCCUGUCCGCCGAGGAGCUGAGCAACUGUAGGGAUGUAGCCACCAUGCAGUUCUGUGCCAACAAGCUGGACAAGAAAGAUUUCUUUGGGAAGUCUGACCCCUUCUUGGUGUUUUACAGAAGCAACGAGGAUGGAACCUUCACCAUCUGCCACAAGACCGAGGUCAUGAAGAACACCCUAAACCCAGUCUGGCAAACUUUCUCCAUUCCUGUGAGAGCACUCUGCAACGGGGACUAUGACCGGACCAUCAAGGUGGAGGUGUACGACUGGGAUCGCGAUGGCAGCCACGACUUCAUCGGGGAGUUCACUACCAGCUACCGGGAGCUAGCCCGUGGGCAGAGCCAGUUCAACAUCUACGAGGUGGUAAACCCCAAAAAGAAAAUGAAGAAAAAGAAAUACGUGAAUUCUGGCACAGUCACGCUGCUUUCCUUUGCGGUGGAGUCCGAGUGCACAUUUCUUGACUACAUCAAAGGAGGGACCCAGAUCAACUUCACGGUGGCCAUCGAUUUCACGGCCUCCAAUGGGAACCCCUCGCAGUCCACGUCCCUGCACUACAUGAGCCCCUACCAGCUGAACGCCUAUGCACUGGCGCUGACUGCCGUCGGGGAGAUCAUCCAGCACUAUGACAGCGACAAGAUGUUCCCUGCCCUUGGCUUCGGGGCCAAGCUACCCCCUGAUGGAAGGGUGUCCCACGAGUUCCCGCUGAACGGCAACCAGGAGAACCCCUCCUGCUGCGGCAUCGAUGGCAUCCUGGAGGCCUACCACCACAGCCUGCGCACGGUGCAGCUCUAUGGCCCAACCAACUUCGCCCCUGUGGUCACCCACGUGGCCAGGACCGCGGCCGCAGUGCAGGAUGGCUCUCAGUACUCGGUGCUGCUGAUCAUCACGGAUGGGGUCAUCUCGGACAUGGCACAGACUAAGGAGGCUAUCGUCAAUGCUGCCAAACUGCCCAUGUCCAUCAUCAUCAUUGGCGUGGGCCAGGCGGAGUUCGACGCCAUGGUGGAGCUGGAUGGUGAUGAUGUGCGGAUCUCCUCCCGGGGGAAGCUGGCAGAACGGGACAUUGUCCAGUUCGUGCCCUUCAGGGACUACGUGGACCGCACUGGCAACCACGUGCUGAGCAUGGCCCGCCUGGCCCGCGAUGUGCUGGCCGAGAUCCCUGACCAGCUGGUGUCCUACAUGAAGUCACAGGGCAUCCGCCCGCGCCCCCCGCCUGCGGCCCCAGAGCCCUCGCCCCCACAGUCCCCAGCCCGCACGCCCCCUGCUUCCCCCCUGCACACACACAUCUGAGCCCUCUUCCCGAAGAAGUCCCCUGGCCUGUGGCGGGUGGCUGGGGCCGGGGAGGCCAGUGGAAGUGUAGGCGGGGUCUCCAAUUUGCCCCG